UCUCGUUAAUUCACAUCAUCUCCUGGAAAUCAUAAACUGGUAAUUUGUGCAAGUUCUCAACUUCGACAUGAAAACACUGGUCGUUCUUUUCCUUGUUAUCUUGGCAAUCGCACUGGUAUCUUCUGCAGACAAGAAGAAGCCGAAACCGAAGCCAUCUUCAAAACCAUCUCCAAAGCCCAAGCCAAAGUUUGGCUGCAAGUCUGACGACGAAUGUAAAGAUAACCAGUGCUGCAUAAAGACCAAGAGAUUCAGCUUUUGUGCCAAGAAACUCAAAGAGGGAGCUAGAUGUGGAUUUACCAAGUUCAAAUGUGGCUGUGCUGAUGAUCUUUCUUGCAAAAAGUUCAAGUUCAUAAAAAAAUGUUCCAAGGAAGAGGGAAGUGGUGAUGAUUUCCUUUUCUAAGAAGGAAAACUGUUUACAUUUUGAUUAAUUUGAAAACUAGAUGUAGUGAGUCUUGUUUUCGAAUCUAUGUGUGUUAUGAAGCUUUGAAUUUUCUCAGUCUCUUUCUGAUAAAUCAGUAAAGUGCCCAGAGAGGAGCACAUGAUAUAUCAAUUUAGAGAGUUUAAUGAAACCUCGAGAAAUAAAGAUGGCCAGUUUAACGGCAUUACUGACUCUAAACAAAAUUGAUGCUAAAAUCGUGAAAAUUAUUGCUAAAAUUAUCAGCUGUCGUUCGAUAUUGAGAAAGUGGAUGCUCUUUCAUCAAAUAGAGAUACAAGCAAAUUUAUAAUUGUUCAUUUGUUGCUAGAUAUCUGAGUCACUGAGUCCCGUUGCGAAUAAAAUUCCACCGCAGAUGCCUGUGUAGCCACAAAAUCUGAGGAGCGUUAUCCAUUUUAUUACCUAAGGCUUGCCGUAGUGCGUGGGGUUUGACAGGAGUUUUUGCCAUCUGCUGGUACUUCAUCGGCUGUUUUUCAAACUUGCUGGCAAAUAAAGGCAGACUCUCCUUUUAGGCAAAUAAGACCUUGACGGCCCACUUGAGCCUUAAGCAUGAUGACUCAUAUUGGCAAUCAAUUGCAGCAACCUCGAUUUUUUCUCCUGUUAAGGCCCAAGGAUUCUUGUACCAAAGAGAUUAUGGAGGAGUGAGUAGACGAACGCGGAAAAGUGUGGUAAUGAAAGCAAGAAACUUUUCAAUUCAAGAAUGUGACAAUAUCUAUUAAAAUAAAUAAAAUGAUACGAAAUAUUUUUUAGCACUUUGUUAAUUAAUGCUGAAAAUUAUUAAUACAAAUGUUAACUAGAAAAAGCAGCAAUCUCAGUAUAGCCAGAUCAAAAUAAAUGAAUAUAAGAAGAAAAUGUAUCCUAUAUUUAUAAUGAAAAAACAAACUAUCUACAACUGCAUGUAAUAUUCUAACACUUAUUUUUCUUGAAAAUGAAAGAGAUUGGGACUAUUUCAUAAGCAAAAACCAAAAUAACCAGAUACGUGCCAAACAUUCACCCCAGUAAGCAAGGCCUAAAGCAACAUUGAGUGCGGUCUUUGUUUUUUCUUACAGACAAAUUCUAUCGUAUUCUUUGAAUAUUGUUUAAGCCCCGGCAAAACGACUGGACAUUUUCACUGAACAUGCACUGGACAAAUGUCCAGCGUAAAUGUUGCGUCGUUUUGCCACCUUGUCCAGUCUUGUUCAGCGAUGUUGAGUGUUGUUCAGUCGAUUUUGAAGGCAGCCAAAAAUAUUCAGUGGGCAGGAUUAAAUUUCUUUUGUUCACUGAAAUGUUGUACAGAAAUUGUUCAGUCGUUUUGCCACUCUACUAAACAUUGUCCAGUUCGCGCACGCGCAAUUGAUUAAUGGUUUGGAUUUGGCGUCAGUUUCUUUCCCAUAUUCAAAUCUUCAACAAAAUUUCCUAGUAAACACCGCAAACGAAAUUGAAACAACGUUAAAAUUCCAUUCGACCAAUAGCAGAAAAAGGCAUUUCAUUAGUAACGACGAGUCCUCUGAUCAGAUUAGCUUUAGUUCCGAUAAGGAAAGCGAUGUCAGAGAGCACUAGGACGGUGAUUUUAACGAACCUAGCAAAUCCUAGAUAUUCAAUAAUAUACUCUAAUUCAUACGAUAACACGGUUAGGGCCAUGAAAAGUGUAUUUUCAAAGGUAAAGAGAUGCCCUGUUGCCAGUUUUCCCACCCGCAUUCUUCAACAGGGAAAAAGUUCACUGAACAAUAUUCAGUCGUCCAAUAUUUUCUUGAUGUCCAUACUCUGAACAAGUGAGCAAUGUCCUGUGUGUGACCAGUGCAAAUGUCCAGUCGUUUUGCCGGGGCUUUAGCAUUGCUGCUAGGUAUUUCUCGUUUCUGCAAUACCACAAGGUAUAUUUAACUAUGCCCAAGGGUCCUUCUAUUAAAAUGGCAUUUCAGCUACAGUUUAUCAGCCAAUGCAAUGCAAUAUUUUGGCGAGACGUUGUGCAAAAUACACAUCUCAACUUGUUUAUAGGUACAGUUGUUAACUCAGUGGCGUAAGCAACUUCUUUAAGGAGGAGGAUUAAAUGGGGGCAACGCCCUGUCAAAUAUAUACAGUGGAAUCCCGAUUCAACGAACGCUGAAAGGAACCAGCAAAUUGUUCGUUAUACUGGGAGUACGUUGAAUCGGUAGGAAAUUUUUCCUGAAUUCUUUUCGCAGUACACGCUUCAAAAACUCUUCCGUGGGGUUGCUUAGACUAUCCCCAAGCUCUGUGCACCUUUUACUCAAAUUAACAAGCUGGAUACAAGAGUUAUGAUGGUCAGCGAUGAAAAUCUUGUCUACCACACAUUUGGCAUUCUGUGUGUUGGCUUUUUCACUGAAAUUUCAUAAAGCUUUGAAAAGGUGUUACUUUUGCACGCAUCUCAUCUCCAUUUUCAGCAUCAUAAAAAGUGCAUGUUUGCCAAUGUAUGUUUUACAGACAACAAUAACGAUUUCCCCUGAGAGAAAGUGGUAAAUGUACACCAGAAAGUCGCAAUGAUGAGAGCUCGUUAUAUUCAGGGUUCGUUUUACCGGAAAAAUUUUAUAAGGAGUUUAUUACCCAGAGCGCUCGUUAUACCGGGAAGUUCCUUAUGUGCGGGGUUUGUUACACCGGCAUUGCACGGUAUUGCAAUCAAACAUCUUUUAAUGUUGACAAAAUGUAAUUAAAACAUAUUUUGAACUUUGAACAUCACGAUAUCAUCUAAAGCGGUUAACAAACAGCAAGGCACAAAGACCUAUUUGAACAGUGAAAAGAUCAAGAAUCCAGCUAAGACAACAUAUACACAAAAGAAAUAUACCAAAAGGCUGCAUUUUGGAAGGGCCCUUUGCACAGCUAAGCAAGCUAAAGACAAGUUAUAAAGAAAAUCCUGGGUCAUUUUGCAAACCAUUUUCCAAGCUGCACAGGCUAGUGACUUCUGCAAGAUUGUGAAGCAAAAAUGAGGACUCUAGUUGUUCUAUUCCUCGUCGUUCUGGCAAUUGCCCUUGUCUCUUCAAGCCGUCAAAAGCUAAAGAGAUUCAGAUGCAAAUCGGAUAGCGACUGUAAAGACAGCCAAUGCUGUGUGGAGACAAGGGUGUUCAGCUUCUGCUCAAGGAAACUCAAAGAGGGAUCAGUCUGUGGCUUU